ACUUUGGUCUCCAAAACCAACCCCACCUGACCUCUCUCCCUCCAUCCCUCUCUCUCUCUCUCUCUCUGAUCUAUCACCCAUACACAGACAUUUUACACAUUUCAAGGUAAAUUAAGCCUAAGAUGGAGAUCAGCAGUGACACAAACACUAGCACUACUUCCUCAACCCAUCCCUCCCACUCUCUAUCUUCCUCAUCUUCUCCUCCUCCUCCUCCCACUCCACCUGUUGUCAUAAGCCCCUGCGCCGCAUGCAAGAUUUUGAGGCGAAGAUGUGCAGAGAAAUGCGUGCUGGCGCCCUACUUCCCUCCCUCCGAGCCAACCAAGUUUACAAUUGCUCAUAGAGUGUUUGGUGCUAGCAACAUCAUCAAGUUCUUGCAGGAACUCCCGGAAUCGCAGAGGGCAGAUGCAGUGAGCAGCAUGGUUUAUGAAGCUAGUGCAAGGAUCAGAGACCCUGUUUAUGGGUGUGCAGGGGCAAUAUGUCAGCUUCAAAAACAUGUGAACGAGCUGCAGGCACAGCUAGCCAAGGCACAAGCCGAGCUUGUAAACAUGCAUUGCCAGCAAACCAACCUUGUCGCCCUAAUUUGCAUGGAAAUGUCACAGGGCGGCGCUCCAGUAGUACAUGAUCAGGCAGCAUCGCCCCAUCAACAAUCACUUGACAAUUUCAUCAAUAUUAAUACUACUGCUCCUCACAGCUACCAGAUCAGCAGCAACCAAUGCUUCCAGCUUGACGACAACAGCCUAGGCUCAAUGUGGGAGCCAACUCUGUGGGCAUGAGGAUCAUGAUCAUGAUCAUCAAACUCGAUCGAUGAUGAUCAUCAAUAAUCUAUACUUCAGCCCCCCAUUUUGAAACUGAUCUUGACUCUCCUAAGGAGAUGUUUGGGACACUAGAAUUCAAUAUAUAUAUAUAUAUAUCUAUAUAUCUAUAUAAGUAUGUAAAAAGCAAGUUGCAUGAACAAAAAUUGAAGUGGGGGGAGAAACACUAGUACUACUUUUUCCUGCCUGCUAGCUACCUCCAUCAUGUAAUAUUGUAUCAAAUUAAAUUGGAGAAAAUUAAAUUAAAGCGAUCGAGAUGUUUGUUUGGAA